UGGCAUGUAACUUAUUAAGAGUAUAUGUAUUGAAUGUACUAUAUACACAUGUGUGUUUUUUGGUGUGUUUGAUUGCACAAGCUUUGCACCAAUCAAUUCGAUUUAUUUUUUAUUCAAUUAUUUACGCACACAUAAGGCUGCAAGAAAUCUAGAUUUAAAAAUAUGAAAUGUGACAGGCGAAGUCAAGAAGCCCCAGGCGCAUAACGGAAACGAUCCUGGUAACAAACCCCCCCUCUACCUCAGAAAAAAAAAAAAAGAAGAAAAAAUAAAAUAAAAAUAAAUAUAUCAAAUACAAUAUAGGUAACAAUGGGAAUAAGGAAAAAAAAGUCCUGGCCAAAAGGAUGUUGAAAAUGAUCAAUUGUCUAUAUGAAGUUGCUAUAUGAUGAUGGUAAAGAAAAUGCAUGCAAAAUGUAUCAACACAUUUUGAUGUCGUAUAUGAAAAUAAAUGAAUUGUAUAUUAUUGUAGGAGUAUGUAUUUUUGCCAAAACAAUAUUACCAUCAUUCCAACGGAGAUAAAUCAUGAAAUAAUAUAACGUUAAUAAGCAAAAGACAUUAUUCAAUCUGUGGUAAAUACAUAUUAUUGUGCAUGCAAAGCUAUGUGCUGAUGUAAGGCCUUGGGCUGUACAAUUAAUUAAAAUCUGUUCAGUUCAAUACAAUUCUAUUCCAUUAAGAAAAAUGGGUCAUAUUGUAUAUUUGUACCCCAAGGUUUUAACACCUAAUUGAGUUGAUGCAUGAGCAUGGGUUGCAUUCUGUUUGACUGUGAUGGUGUAUGUUGCCGAGUGUCUAUUCGACAUAUUUAACACAAUUGUUUUAAACAUGUUUUUCUGUUUUAUUCCAUGCUUACAAUGAAGAUUGGUAUAAAUGGAUGUAAGAUCCUUGAUCUUUGGGGUGUACGGUGGUUUGGCCGUGCUGGUCACCAUGGGCUGGACCUACAUGGCUCUGGUUCUGUCUCACUGCAUCAUCCUCUACAGCGUCGCCCUGGUCAAGAUGAAGUGGUUGUGCUUUGCUGCCGGCCUGAGCGCGCUGGCCUCCAUCAAGCUGGAGCCCUAUAACUCCUGGCAGGAAGCCUUGGUGACCGGCUCUUUUGACCUGCAAGACGUCCUGUUCUACGGAGGCUGUGGCUUCAGCAUCAUGCGCUGUAUGAGCUUUGCUUUGGAGAACUGCGAUAGGAAGGAGGGCAACUACACCUUCUGUGACCUGCUGAGAUACAACUUCUACCUCCCCUUCUUCUUCUUCGGACCCAUCAUGACUUUCGACAAGUUUCAUGCCCAGGUGAACAACACCCAGCUGACGCGCAAGGAAAGGGAGGUGUGGAACAUCACCACCAAGGCUUUGCUGCAUCUGGGAAUUAUUCUGGUGGUGGACGUCUUCUUCCACUACCUCUACAUCCUGACCAUCCCCAGUGACAUGAAGCUGGUCGCCAAGCUUUCUGACUGGUGUCUGGCUGGUCUGGCUUAUUCCAACCUGGUGUAUGACUGGGUGAAGGCAGCCAUAAUGUUUGGUGUCAUCAACACUGUGGCUAGACUGGACCACCUGGACCCUCCUCAGCCUCCUAAAUGUAUCACCAUGCUCUAUGUCUUCGCUGAGACGCACUUUGACAGAGGCAUCAACGACUGGCUGUGCAGGUAUGUUUAUGACUACAUUGGCGGGGAUCACGAUAAAAUCUUCAAGGAGCUCCUGGCAACCAUCUGCACCUUCGCAAUCACUACGCUGUGGCUGGGCCCGUGUCAGCUGGUUUACAUCUGGUCCUUCUUCAACUGCUUUGGCCUCAACUUUGAGCUGUGGGUGGCCAAGUUGUUCUCCCUGCCACCACUUUCUACCAUUGAGGGUUUUAUGGGUGGAGCCAUGUCACGCAGGAUCCGGGGUGUGUUCAACGCUGCCAACUUCUGGACCAUUAUCCUCUACAACGUCCUCUCCCUGAACAGUUUGGAGUUCGCCAAACUGGUGGGAAGACGACUGAUUUUCAAAGGUUUUCCUCUGUCCACCCUCUCAGUGUUACUUGUGACCUACUGUGGCGUGCAGCUGGUGAAGGAAAGAGAGAGAAAAGAAGCCCUGCUGGAGGAUCCCGAGCCGGUGAAGGCAGUAGAUGGGGGCAAAGAAAAAGCGGAAUAAACAGAUAGGAAACUGUCACAGACUUCACGGUGAACAGCCCACUCACACUGUUCCAUGCUCGGCCUUGUGAACUAAACCUAACCCGAGUGUAACAACUAUUCGGCACCUGUAUGUAUUGUUUACAAAGCCUGUGUUUUUGUUAGAAGUGAAGCAAAGUUUGGAAUUGUCAAAUCUCCUCAAGUGCACUUGCUGUAGAUAAUCGCCACGUCCUUUGGCACAAAUCCACCAAUGGUUUUGUAUUUCAUCCGAACAAGAGAUUGUUUUAGGCCGGCUAAAUAUUUAACGAUAGUACACCUCAUAGUAUAAAGACAUGCAGGAACAACUUCUGUUGUUUUCUCCUGUUUUCACUUUAGAUUUAUCACUGUUUUUUUUUCUUUAACCAUCAUCAAUAGGAUUAUUUUUUUGUUAAAUGGUGUCUUACUUUGCCUUAAACGCCUCAGAUCCUCAUUAUGACAAUUGUUUACCAUACUGAAAGGGUUAAAAACUUGAAAAGACUCAGGGUGCCACAAAUGGACUGCAAUGAAGAUAUUACAUAAAUGGUGCUGUCGACGUCCUGCACAUAGCUUGCAGCUGAUUGUAUUUUUGAUCUACUUUCACUAAGCAAAGAUAAUAGUACAAUGUAUAGGAAAGUCUAUUUUGAAGGUUGGUUGAGAAUGUUUUAGAUCUUUUAUCAUGUUGAAGAGUUGAAUGUAGUUAAACCGUCCAGAGAACGACCACCAUGCAGGAGAUUACUGUCGGUGUGACAUUUAAGAAUAUCUCCCCUCCACCCUCUUCCACAUGACCCAGGCCCCUCAGCUCACUAUGAAAGGCAAUAGGCCCGGGAGGGAAAAUGCGUCACUCUUAUCCUGCCUGUCACCAAAACCUGCUGUCUGUCUGUCUCUAGUGCAGCAGCCAGAGAAAAAAUAUUGUAAUGCCUUUUCUUUUAGGGUUUUUACUCAAAAGUGUUCAUUUUCGAAUGUUUGACUUGAAAUAAAGUUUUGGUUCAUCCAAAAGGGACACAAGUA